AAACAAGUAAACACACAGCAGAUGUCAGCAUUACAGUCCCUUAAACGAAUAAUUCCUUUAGAAGGGACCAUCCAGCAACAGGAUAGUCCUGAAGUAUUCUCCCAUGAUAAUAUUGUCCAAUUAUUAAAUGACAAUUCAAUUGACCACCACCCACAAUCACUUGAACAUUUACGGUUGGCGUUGCAGGAGCAACCCGACACCAAUGUGGAUAAAUUAAUAGAAUACAUCUCCAAGUUCGAAUCAUACGACGCACAAAUCAAACAUUACAAGACUAAGCUUGAACCCGUGGGUGUAAUUUUGAAUGAAUUCAACAAUGAAUUGGCUAUGUUAUCUUCGAGUUUAGUAUCAUUGGAACAACAAUCAACUAAACUCUCCAAAGAUUCUAAAUUACAAACUAUAAUAACAGAAAAACUCAAUCCUGUCGUGUUAGAUUUAAUGAUUCCACCAGAUAUUGUCAACAGUAUAAUCAAAGAACCGGUUGAUUCUAAAUUUCUUGAUAAUUUGAAAUUCAUAUUGGAAAAGAGACAGCUUAUUGUUAAUAUCAGGAGUGGCAAUACUGAAGCUUCAAUUGCGGAACUUUAUCAGGACUCAACCGCCUUGUCCCAACUUGAAGCAGGUGUGACUCUCCUUGAAAGUAAAGCAGUAGAACGUAUACGAGAUUUCAUAAUCACCCAAAUUAGAAUGUUGCGAUUAUCUUCCAAAGCAUCGUCACAACACAUACAACAAAGACUUUUAGAGGUUAAGGAGGCGUACUAUUUCCUUACAGCUCAACACAAAGAACUCGCUCAGCAACUACGAUUAGCAUAUAUCUAUACCAUGAAAUGGUAUUAUCAAAGUAAGUUUGCUAAAUAUUUAUAUGCUCUUCAGAAAUUGCAUUUACGCCCUGUUGAUAUAAGUAUUGUUCUUGGUUAUUCUUCCAAAGAUGAAAAUCACAGCAUGUUCAGCACUAGCUCGUGGAAAGGUUGGAUGCCCUCUACAAGCAGUACGCUUCAACCGCUGACAGGACCAGGACAACCACAUCAUACCCAGCUUUCCAUUGGUGAAUAUUUACUUUCAUUUGAGAAAAGAAUUGAAGUUCUAACUGUCAAAGGCAAAACAGCAGUACCUUCCCAAAUUGCUGAAACAUCGCCAUUUCCUUACUGGACUGAGUUUGUGUAUAAUCAAUUCUUGAUGGCAAUUAUGGAUAAUGUUGUUGUGGAAUAUCUUUUCAUGGUUGAAUUCUUCUACCAAGGAAACGAAAAAUUUGAAAAGGAAGGUGAUAAGGAGUGGGCUGAAAUUAUGUUUGAAAGCGUAUUCGUAUUAGGUAAAGAGUUUUUGAAUUGGAUAAUGGCUGUAAACACCCUGGUGUUGGAUCCUGUCAACUAUGAUUCGUUUGGAAUUAUACUUAUCAUCAAACUAAUUCAAGAAUCACAAAAUAGGUUACACAAUGAAUAUCAUAUCCCUAUUCUUGAUGAAUAUCUUAACUCGUGUUUACUUGCGUUAUGGCCCCAGUUUACGAGAGCUAUUGAUGCAAAUUGUGAAUCCAUGAAGAAGGCAAUAUUAAGAACCAAGAAAAUUACUGGAUUGGCUCCAUUGAACAUUACCCAACAAUUUGCCCAAUUCUUACUGGCAUUACUUCGACUUACAAUUCCCAACAAAGACUACCACGGUGAGCCGUUGUACACAUCGGUUGGCCGUUUAUGUAAUGACUUUGAAAGCUGUCUUACAAAAUGUAGUAACCAUGCUUUGGGUAACAAAACUACAGAAAAGGAAAUAUUCUUGUACAAUAAUUACUUUUUAAUUGUUAAUAUCUUGACUAAUGAGAAUGUUGAAUCCAAUGAAUUUAUAGAAGAACAGAUACUGCAUUUCCAAUUACUUACAGAUGCAUAUAAGAAACAUUAAAUAUCACAUAUUUUAGCAUACAUUCCACAUAAUUGAAGAUAUGUAGAAACCCCUUCCAAAAUUCUCAUAUGAACAAAUCCAAUUUCUUUAAUUACAUCUAAUCUUGUUUGUUCGUUGAUAUCAGGAAUAGUUUUCGCAACUUUAAAUGUCAGUGUAACGAUAUCUAUAGCAGAAUAACCCUUGGACCAAAGUGAAUCAAGCAAUUCCAUUGCCUUGUCCAAAUCUUUAUCCUUUACACAACUUAAUAAGAUAUUUUGGAUAACAAGUGGAUGAGGUUGAUCAACAAUUUUGAAAACAUUAACAUCAUUAACAAACCCAAACCCUGCCACUGUACUUUGAAGGUUGUUAAUUGCCUGUCUCAUAUCACCUUCUGCUGUAAAUAUUAAGGCUUGUAACCCUUCACUAUUAUAUUUAACUUCUUCCAUCUUGGCAAUUUCUAAUAACCUGGCCAACACUUCUUCGUCGGCUAAUUUAUUAUAUCUCAAUAUAGCACAACGUGAUUGCAAUGGCUCAAUAAUUUUCAGGGAUUGAUUACAAGCGAAUGCAAAUCUUGUACUAUUUGAAUAGAUUUCCAUAGUUCUUCUCAAUGCUUGUUGAGCACCAGGAGUCAUAGAAUCAGCUUCAUCCAAAAUAAUAAUCUUGUGUCUUCCUGGGGGAAGAACAAUCUUGGUCUGGGCAAAUUGCUUAAUCUUGUUACGAACAACAUCAAUACCACGAUCAUCAGAUGCAUUCAAUUCAAGAGUAGCUUGGUGAUAAUAUUCACCUAAUAAUUCAUGAGCAAGACAGUGUACUGACGUGGUCUUACCUAUACCUGGCAAUCCCGAUAUGAUCAUGUUGGGCAUAUUACCGUCCUUGGCUAUAAUCUUUAAUCUUUCCACUGUUUCUUCAUUUCCAACAAUGUCUUGUAAUUUGUAUGGUCUAUAUUUCUCUACCCAUGGCAAUUCAAGUGUUACUUUUGUUCCUGUGGACAUUGCUAACUCUGGUUGUCAAAGUGAUUGUAAAAGAAAU